AUGGCUCCCAAGAAGGUUCGCGCUCCCCAGGAGGCCGCUGUUUCGCUCGGCCCCAACGUCGCCGAGGGCGAGAACGUCUUCGGCGUUGCUCACAUCUUCGCCUCGUUCAACGACACCUUCGUUCACGUCACCGACCUUUCGGGCAAGGAGACCAUCUCGCGUGUCACCGGCGGCAUGAAGGUCAAGGCCGACCGUGACGAGUCGUCGCCCUACGCCGCGAUGCUCGCCGCCCAGGACGUCGCCGCCAAGUGCAAGGAGGUCGGCAUCACUGCCCUCCACGUCAAGCUCCGUGCUACCGGCGGUACCGGCACCAAGCAGCCCGGCCCCGGUGGUCAGGCCGCCCUCCGUGCCCUCGCCCGUGCCGGUAUGCGCAUCGGCCGCAUCGAGGACGUCACCCCCGUCCCCUCGGACUCGACCCGCCGCAAGGGUGGUCGCCGUGGUCGUCGUCUCUGA